CCAUCCCUAAUUCUAAGAAGCUAGUAUCAAAAUAACUCACUUUUCUAAAUUCUAAUUAAGAUUCAAGCAUUGCCAACAUUGUCUACACAAUCCAAACAAAACUUGAAAUCCAUUUAAUUUUCGAAACCAAACUACAUAAACAAUACAAUACUGUAUUUUUCCUUUUGAUUCCUUAGUACUUAAAAGGGCGCGUGUAAGACUAUAACAUACACCAAAAAAAAAAUUCAUCAAAAUACGCACACAAAAAAAAAAAAAUCAGUACACUGUGCAUCCGGGUGUGUAUCGGAGUUUAAUACUUCGUAAUCUUUACCAUUUUCCGGGUCAAGAAAGGAGGAUCCAUUUUCUAUAAUAAAGUACUCCGUAUUCCAUACCAUUUCAAUAAACUCCAAAAGACACAGCUGAAAGCCUGAAACCCCCCUCCAUUUUCGCUCUCUUCUUUCUGCUAACUGAGGCAAUCAUCAAUGGCGGAAGAAGAUGAAGUAACAAUGGAAGUCGAAGCUGCUGAAGCUGUUUAUGGCGACGACUGUAUCGUCCUCAAUCGAUUUCUUCCUCAUCUUCGUCUCCACAUCAAACCUCGUACCGCCGACGUCGAUUCUCAACAGUUUGUGGAAGCAACAAUUGAGUUACGGGCUGGUAUGCAGUAUCCCAGUGAUCCACCUUAUGUUGAUAUUAUAGGUUCUAAAGGACUUGAUGAGAAAAGGCAAAAGCAUCUGAUUAAUGGUUUACAUGAGAAGGCUCAUGAACUUGCGUCUUGCUUAAUGCUUGUGGCGCUUUGCGAGGAAGCUGUGGAAAUUCUUACCAGCAUGAACCACCCUGAAGGUGAUUGUCCAUUGUGUUUGUAUCCUUUGGUAACAGAAGAUAAGCACAGUGAAGCCCAGCCAUUUAUGAAGUUGAUGUCUUGCUUUCAUUGCUUCCACUGUGAGUGCAUUGUAAGAUGGUUGAAAUGGUUCCUGAAACAAAAUGAAGCCUGCCAUGGAACCUCAAGUACUUCGUCAUCUAUUGUCCAUGAAGAAAACAAUCUGGCUUCAGAUUUAUGCAAAAUGAUGGGAGAUAGUACAGGAAACUGUCCUGUCUGUCGUAAAGUCUUCCUUGCCAAGGACAUUGAACAUGUGCUCAACUUGGUUGGUUCUCAUGAUGCAGAAUUGGAUGUUUAUGAGAAAGAACUCGUGGAGAAAGUCCUCCAAUGUGAUCUGGAGACCAGUAGAAGACAGAAGUUUGAGACAAUCUUGGAGCUGCAACAACAGCAUGGUGGCUUGAUAGAACCCCCGAAAGACAAUGUAUUAUUUUCGCGCCUCUCUCUUCAAGACUUGGUCAGUGAAGAUGCAGAGGUGAUGAAUGAACAAGCCAGCGAUCAACAACAUAACAAUCAAAUUGCUAGAGAAGAGCCAGAGUCAAGUAAUUCCUCAAAUGGUACCCGUGAAACAAGGAAGCAACGUCCUAGAGGUCAUAACGCCGUGGUGGAACCUGCAUCUGGUGGUCCUCCAACUAGGUCUAGUGCUGCGCACCGCAGGUACUCUGACCCAAGAAAACAUAAUAACAAUAAUUCCAGAUGGCAAGCCAAACUGUGCCCUAAGAAGGAAUAGGAUACUUCUGGUUUGGGAGAAUUUAGUUUCCAUUUUCUUACUCUGUUCCGAAUCUUCCCUUGGUUGUUGGGAAAAGUCUGUAAUACGGUAUUGUAACUUAUCUAUGUGCAUAAGUCUUGUGAAUAGGAAAAUAGGAUUCGAAUUAUGGCCCUGUUUGGUUUGAUAUAAAAUGUUUUCAUGGAAAAUGAAUUUUUCAUUUUUUUUCAUUUUCCUUUGUUUGGUUUGUUAAGGAGUGGAAAACAAUUUUUCAAGGGUGGAAAAUUUCAUCCUUAAUGAUGGAAAACAUUUUCCUUCCAAAAACAAAGGAAACCACAUUUUCCUCUCUCCUCCUUACCUCUUUUUUUACUUCCCUCUCAUUCAUCCUUACAUUUCCACUCUUAUUUUUUUAUUUUUCUUGGACUUUUCUUGUAUGCAACCAAACAAAGGAAAACUAAUUAUCAAUUGUGUUUUUUCUUGAAAAUAUGUUUUCCAUGAAAACUAAUUUUUCAUUGAAAAUGUUUUACAUCAAACCAAACGGGGCCUAUUUGUCCCAAUUCGCUAUAGUUUUUUUUUGCUUUCACCCUCUAGCUUCCCUAGUAUUUGUUGGGGCGAAGGUUGGAACAUGUAGAGGAUACAUGAACGUAAUAUAAUGGAAUAACAAACUUGUGGUAAAUUUGGUAUGAAUAAUA